AUGCCGCGAGAGCCCCGACCUGCUUCAACAACCCGUCUGCGGCCUAGCGCCGCUGAGAAAGCCUCAUCCCACCAGGCCGGCCCGCGAGGGUUUAGUGCGGACGAGGACGAGGACGAGGACGAGGACUCGUCGGAAACGGACUCGGAGGAGGAGGAGGAGGAGGAGGAGCACGGUGCCCCGCUGCAGGGUGCCUACAACCCAGCAGAUUACGAUUAUCUGCCUGUGUCUGCCGAGAUUAAAGAACUCUUCCAGUAUAUCAGGAGGUACACCCCACAAACAAUAGAGCUCGAGCACAGGCUGCAGCCUUUCAUCCCAGAUUUCAUUCCAGCUGUUGGUGACAUCGAUGCCUUCUUAAAGGUUCCACGUCCUGAUGGCAAACCAGAUAACCUUGGGCUGUUAGUACUGGAUGAGCCGUCUACAAAGCAGUCAGACCCCACGGUGCUCACUCUCUGGCUAACAGAAAAUUCAAAGCAGCACAGUGUCUCACAGCAGGUAAAAGUGAAGAGCUUGGAAAAUGCUGAGAAGAAUCCCAAGGCCAUUGACAACUGGGUUGAGAGCAUAAGUGAACUGCAUCGCUUCAAGCCACCUGCCACUGUGCACUACACCAGGCCAAUGCCUGACAUCGAUACUCUGAUGCAGGAAUGGUCUCCAGAAUUUGAGGAACUCUUGGGAAAGGUGAGCCUCCCCACCGCAGACAUCAGCUGUGGCCUGGCAGAGUACAUUGACAUGAUAUGUGCAAUCCUGGACAUCCCCGUCUACAAGAGUCGGAUCCAGUCUCUGCAUGUCCUCUUCUCGCUAUAUUCGGAGUUCAAGAACUCACAGCAUUUCAAAGCUCUGGCAGAAGGAAAGCAAGUCAGGAGUCCUGCAUCCAACCCACCUGAGCCAGUGCCAGAGGCAGACAUACUAAGCUUCAGCUGAGGGCAAAGCCUUUUCUUCCUGGCUCAGGCCUGCGUCUGGGAAUAAAGCCUCAGACAAGACCUGCUUCCGGGUUCUUCAGGGUGUCUGGAUGCCCUCAUGGUCAGUGGCAGCUGCUGCGCAGAGCUCACUUCAGCUUGUUCCUGCAGGACCCAGCCUUGAAGGAGCUUGUGUAAUGAAGCCAUGGCAGGGCUAGCGGUGCUGUCAGCACCCGAGCCAGGGCAGAGCCCACCUCCUGCGGGCAUUCGCCUUGUGGUCCAGCCCUCCCCCCUCAAGAGGGGCCACAGGCCUCCAGUAGCUUCCAUGCUGCCUGCUCUUGGCUCUGGCAUCCCAAUAAAGUGCUGAUGAGCCGUGCA